AGGGUUUUUUUUUUGGGGGGGGGUGGGGGAGGGGGCGCGUCUCGGCGAGUCACGAUGAUGGCGGCCACCACCAGCCUGUGGUGAGCCCGCGGAUCCCCGGCUCGGUCUCCGCCGCUUAGCGCUCGCGCCGCCGCCGCCGCCCUCUGCAGGACUCGGGCCGGCGCGCGGGAGAAGCAGGCCGGCGGCCCGUGCGCUCGGGGGCCGGGCAGAGGCCGCAGUCGCCAAGGCCGCGGCGCGGCCCGGGGCCAGCAGGGCUUUGGGGGCGAGGCCCGCCCGGCGGGGCGAAUGUGACAAGCCCCCACCCCCCACCACCGCCGCCGCCUUUUCCUCCCGAGUGCGCCGAGCCGCGCGGGCGACCCCGGGGCCCCGCCAGGCCACAGACCCCGCCCAGCGGCCAGCAGCCGGCGCAGGCAGGCAGGCAGGCAGGCAGGCAGGCCCCGACGGCGGCGCGGCGGCAACCAUGCAGGUCACCCUGAAGACCCUCCAGCAGCAGACUUUCAAGAUCGACAUCGACCCCGACGAGACGGUGAAAGCACUGAAAGAGAAGAUUGAAUCCGAAAAGGGGAAAGAUGCCUUUCCUGUUGCAGGACAAAAAUUAAUUUAUGCAGGUAAAAUCCUCAACGAUGAGACUGCGCUGAAAGAAUAUAAAAUUGAUGAGAAAAAUUUUGUGGUGGUUAUGGUGACAAAACCCAAGGCAGUGACAACACCAGCACCAGCACCACCCACAGCCCAGCAGUCAAACCCCGCCACCACCACCACCACCACCACCACCACCACAGUUAGUUCCCCUGCAGCACCAGCUGUGGCUCAGCCCUCAACUCCCACCCCUGCUUUAGCUCCCACUCCCACACCUGCAUCCAUCACUCCAGCUUCAACCACAGCAUCUUCUGAACCUGCACCUGCCAGUGCAACUAAACAAGAGAAACCUGCAGAAAAACCAGCAGAAACACCAGUAGUGGCUGCCAGCCCAACAGCAACUGACAGUACACCAGGAGAUUCUUCUAGGUCAAACCUCUUUGAAGAUGCAACAAGUGCACUUGUGACAGGUCAGUCUUACGAGAAUAUGGUAACUGAGAUCAUGUCGAUGGGUUAUGAACGAGAGCAAGUAAUUGCAGCCCUGAGAGCCAGUUUCAACAACCCUGACAGAGCAGUGGAAUAUCUCUUAAUGGGAAUCCCUGGAGAUAGAGAAAGUCAGGCUGUGGUUGAUCCCCCUCCGGCAGCUAGUACUGUGACUCCCCAGUCUUCAGUGGCUGCAGCUGCAGCAACUACAACAGCAACGACUACAACAACAAGUUCUGGAGGUCAUCCCCUUGAAUUUUUACGGAAUCAGCCUCAGUUUCAACAGAUGAGACAAAUUAUUCAACAGAAUCCUUCCCUGCUUCCAGCUCUGCUACAACAAAUAGGUCGAGAAAAUCCUCAAUUAUUGCAGCAAAUUAGCCAACACCAGGAGCAUUUUAUUCAGAUGUUAAAUGAACCUGUUCAAGAAGCUGGUGGUCAAGGAGGAGGAAGCGGAGGUGGCAGUGGAGGAAUUGCUGAAGCUGGAAGUGGUCAUAUGAACUACAUUCAAGUAACACCUCAGGAAAAAGAAGCUAUAGAAAGGUUAAAGGCAUUAGGAUUUCCUGAAGGACUUGUGAUACAAGCAUAUUUUGCUUGUGAGAAGAAUGAGAACUUGGCUGCCAAUUUUCUUCUACAGCAAAACUUUGAUGAAGAUUGAAAGGAACUUUUUUAAAAAUCUCACACUUCACACCAGUGCAUUACACUAACUUUGUUCACUGGAUUGACUGGGAUGACUUGGGCUCAUAUCCACAAUACUUGGUAUAAGGUAGUUGAUUGUUGGGGGUGGGAGGGAGGGAUCUAGGAUAUAGGGCAGGGAUAAAUACAGUGCAUGUCUGCUUUCAAUUAGCAGAUGCCGCAAAUCCACACAGUGUGUAAAAUAUUAUACAACCAAAAAUCAGCUUUUGCAGGUCUUUUAUUUCUUCUGUAAAACAGUAGGUAACUUUUCCUAGGUUUUACUCUUUUUAGUGUACUAGAUCCAGAAAUUUAGUGUAAUGCCCUGCUUUAUAUUUCUUUGGCUUAACAUUGGUUUCAGAAAGAAUCUUUGCUCUCUAGAAUCUGCAAUUUAUUCCAUGGCAACACUGGAUAAUGGUUUUAUGAAUUUCAAAAAAAAUUUUUUUGAAGCAACUAUAAACAGAAAUGCCAAAUUAUUAAUGGUUAUUGUUGCUGCCUCAAAUAAGUAUAAAGUAAACAUAUAAGGAAUCCCAUUCUUUCAUGUUAAAUACUGGGUGGGGUGGGGGUGGGGAGCAGAACCUUCUCUUAAAAUGAAAAUAAUAACUGCUAUUUUAAAAUUUUCUGAUCACUGAAUGUGAGACCCUUCUAACAUGAUUUGAGAAGCCGUACAAGGAUAGGCAGAGUUAUUUUCCUGUUUACAUUUUUUUAGUUUGUUUUUGGGGUGAAAAUGGUAGGUGUCUAAUUACUGUUUACUUCAUUGUUACAUUGCAGUAAAGUUUUAAACACCAAUGCAUGUUUGCUUUUGAUGUAUCCCUCUGUAAAAUGAGCACUUUGGGGCCAAUAGAGAAAUGCAGCAGUUGUCCUCCCUUUCUUCCCCUUCCUCUGCAGAAAUGUGUUGGUCAGCAAAUGGUGAAUUCACAACUGCUGCCCUUUUUUUCAAAACCCGCAAAAGUCUGAUUCAGUUCAAAAUUAAUGCAAAUGUUUCAAAAUUGGGUUUCUGAUAUUUGUAAAUGUUUCUCCUUAUGGUAAGACUGUAUGACCAUUAAGUCAUUAGGAUUAUAUUGCUCUUAAAAAGAGAUGGUGGACAAAAUGAUAAGCCUUAGUCUUAUAUUGCGUUGGAAAGAAUGGCGAAGUCUUUUGGAAGGUUUGGUAAAUGCAGCUGAAAAAGUACUUUGGAAAAUAUACAAUCAAGAUAUCUCAUGGCUUAUUAAAAGAAAACUCUGAAUAGCA